AUGUUCAAACAUGUUUAUGUUUGUAAUAUUAACAAUGCCAUAUCUAUCUAUCUAUCUAUCUAUCUAUCUAUCUAUCUUUCUCAAUUCGCAUUUCAGAUUGUUGUGUCUCCCGCCCUCAAAAUGCUGUUGGUUCUUGUUGUUUCGUUGACAUUAUUGGCUGGCAAAGGAGAGGCCCUCAAGUGGUGUCAGUGUGGAGGCGACGAUAACGUCUUGAUACAGAACGUGGACAUCACUCCAGAACAAUUGGGUAUGUCAAGAAACGCAGAGUUGUCUGUUGAGGCUGAUAUUUUGAAACCACUAAAUGGCUCGGAUAUCUCAAUCAGCGCUUAUCAAAAGAGCAUCUUUGGUUAUAGAAAGGCUCCCUGUAUAUUCGGAUUUGGAUCAUGCACCUAUAAAAACACUUGUAAAUCAGAAAAGCAAAUAAACGAUACAAUCUGGGAAAGUGAUAUGAACACUGUUUUCACUCAAGUAAUGGAAGCUUUCAACGCAGCUGUUGUUAAUCCUGGAUGUCCGGUACCUGCACAGAAGAUCAAGCUGGUUAAAAUCCCUUUGACACUGCCCAAUAAAAUAUAUUAUUGGAUCUUGUUCAGAAAACAAUACUUUUCACUUUACGAUUUCUAUUUUUCCCUGAUGUGGCACCGCGUAUUCAUGCGUCUUAACAUGUUCAUAUCUAUCUAUCUAUCUAUCUAUCUAUCCAUCUAUCUAUGUAUAAUAAGGAACAGAACUAAAGAAGUAUCUUGA